CCUCGCCUUUUCACAGAGCAAUGACAUUCAAGGUCAUUUUGAUUUUGUAAAGAAAAAGGAAGCAGAAACUGGUAUUAUAAGCAGAAACUGGUAUAAGAGAAACUCUGGACAAUGAAGAAUUUCAUAAACCAUUUAACUAAAAUAUGGCAUAAAAUAACUAAGAAGAACAAGAAAGAAAAAGGUCAGACUGUUGAAACUCUUCCCAAGUCUUUAUCAACAACUAGUCUUUUGAGCCAGGCUCCUUCUCUUAGCCUAGCUAGCUUACUUGAAGAUGAUUUUGUUCCCUAUGAACGCCAAAUGUCUUGCAGUGUCAGGUCACUGCCCUGUUUGGAUGAUAAUUCUUCCAUUCAAAAUCUAGAAUAUAAGCAAACAUCAGGCCAUUCUUCGAGUCUAGAGCUCAUAUCCAGGAACCGGUGUUUAAGUGGCAGAUGUACUUACAUUAAUUGUUCAACUGUGGGGCAUUCCAGUUACCAAAGUUCAUUUUCCUGUCAACUUGACACCUUUGACCUCUUCCCAUUCAAACCAAAGUCACAUUUUGGCAGCCGUAAGAGGGUUCUGAACUUGGAGAAUGAUGAUUUUAUUGAGAGGCCAAACCAAUUUGACAUUCUAAAGUCUACUGAGGUGGGGACCUACAUGGGACAACAUCACAAGAAACAAAAAUGUCAAGUUAACAAGCUAACAACAGAAAAAACAAAGGAGCAUGUUGACUCACAUCAAGUCCACCAAUAUAGACAGAAGGAUAAGGAACCAGUUGUUAUAAGAAUGAAAGACUUGCAUGAAAAACAUCAUCCCAAGAAAAAAGCACAUUUAUUUCAACAGAAAGAAAUGAAAGGACAGAAAAUGUUGAGGAAGGGCGGGGAUAGAAAAGGAAGUCCUAAAAAGAAAGUACAUGUAUUCCACCAGAAGGAUGGGGAGAGAAAAGGAAGUCCAAGAAGGAGAGCACAUGUAUUUUACCAAAAGGGCAGGGAUAGAAAAGGAAGUCUUCGAAGGAGAGCACAUGUAUUUCACCAGAAGGGCAGGGAUAGAAAAGGAAGUCUUCGAAGGAGAGCACAAGUAUUUCCCCAGAAGGGCAGGGAUAGAAAAGGAAGUCUUCGAAGGAGAGCACAUGUAUUUCACCAGAAGGGCAGGGAUAGAAAAGGAAGUCUUCGAAGGAGGGCACAUGUAUUUCACCAGAAGGGCACGGAUAGAAAAGGAAGUCUUAGAAGGAGAGCACAUGUAUUUCACCAGAAGGGCAGGGAUAGAAAAGGAAGUCUUCGUAGGAGAGCUCAUGUAUUUCACCAGAAGGGCAGGGACAGAAAAGGAAGUCUUCGAAGGAGAGCACAUGUAUUUCACCAGAAGGGCAGGGAUAGAAAAGGAAGUCUUCGUAGGAGAGCUCAUGUAUUUCACCAGAAGGGCAGGGACAGAAAAGGAAGACCUAGAAAGAAAGUACAUGUGUUCCACCAGAAGGACGGGGAAAGAAAAGGAAGUCUUCGAAGGAGAGCACAUGUAUUUCACCAGAAGGGCAGGGACAGAAAAGGAAGACCUAGAGAGAAAAUACAUGUAUUCCACCAGAAGGAUGGGGAUAGAAAAGGAAGUCUUCGAAGGAGAGCACAUGUAUUUCACCAGAAGGGCAGGGAUAGAAAAGGAAGUCUUCGAAGGAGAGCACAUGUAUUCCACCAGAAGGACGAGGAUAGAAAAGGAAAUCUUCAAAGGAGAGCAAUUGUAUUUCACCAGCAGGGCUGUGACAGAAGGGAAAGUCUGAGAAGGAAAGCAUGUGUAUUCCACCAGAAGGGUUUGGAUCGAAAAGAAAAAAACAUGCCUGUAUUCCAAUGGAAGCUUUUGGGAGGAAAAAAUUGUCUUGGAAGAAAUGCUCAUGUAUUUCAAUUGAGGGUGUUUGAUGGAAAAGAUGGUGUGGAGGCGUGGGCCAAAGAACAACUUUUCUGCAGCACACCAGUAUUGGACCACAAAUGCUCAAGGACAAACUCCGGGAACAAAAAAAGAAAAAAGCAACUAAAUACACCAAGGAAGCUACUUCAGAAAAAUCCCUGGGAAACAUGGCAGACAAUAGAAACAGAACACAUGUUUGGAAAGAAAAAAAUAGUUCAGAAACAAGCUAAGGACAUUUCACAACGAAAUCUCAGAAAACUUCCCGGGAAACUGACUACAGAACAAAGAUAUAAAGUUCAAAGAGACGUUGGACAAAUCAUUGGGCGGCCCUGGCCAGUUUUUAAGAGGAGACCGGGUGGUAAAACUUCUUUACCCAAUUUGUCACGUGUUCUGCAACCCAGAAAUGAGCAGGCUAAGCAGGAUGCUCAACACAGACCUCAGCAGCCUACACAACCUGAGGUUCAACAGACUUCUCAACUUCAACAGGGUAGACAUGCUGCUCAACUCUUACCUGUACAGUCUGAGCAGGAUUCCGAAUCCAUAGACCAACAUACAACCCAUUUUGGUGCUGUUCAUCAUGACAUGUCACAGACUGAACAGGCUGCUGGGGAACGUGAAGCAUACAGUGCUGAUUUCCAAAAAAAGUUGCCUUCUGCAAAAGGGUGUGUGGUGUUCAAAAGAAGAAGUCUAGUUCUGUAUCAUACCUGUCAGAUAGAUUGUAUUUUGUUUACAAUCUUUCUCUUGGUUCACCAUCAUCCACAAAUGGAACAGAUGCUUAGAAAUGCUGAUGAUGAUUUUCAGUGGUUGUACUGUAUUUGGAAUAAGUGCAGGACAGGAAAGUUUGAAGAUGCAAAGCUAGCAUUCUGGCUGAGACAUGGAAUUGCCCUUCCAGAGGAGGACUUUAUUGACUUCAAGGUCAAAUUAGAAGCAGAUUGGAUUUUGGAGCCACUGAAGAUAAAAAUCUUUCAUCAAAUGUCCAAAUGCAAGACUUGUAAUGAAUCUUGCGUUUUUGGUGAGGUAGAUCAGGAUGAAUACUUCCAGAACAGCAUCGGAGCAUUUGCAAAAAGAUGUGUUGGACUUGGGAAGCAAUUUGCGAGCUUUCAAGAUUGUAUCGAUGCCUGGAGUGCUGAAGAUGUGCCUUGUUCUAAAUGUGUGGAUGGCUACUGCCUUGUGACCAGAGGACUGGACUGUGACCAAGGCCAACCACCAUUACUACCUGUCCCAACCUUCUUUGAAGAAUCAGAAUGUUCUGGAUGCCUGGGAGAGUUUCUUCUUCCUGUCUCACUUGAUGACCACCAUCCAACACUGGAACAGCCCCAGGAGUUUUCAACUGGAAAUUGCCACUACCAACUCCACGCCCUGUCCUAUGCCAUCAUAAAACAAACCAGGACUGGGGAGAACUACAUACAUGAGAGAUGUAAAGUUUGGGACGUUAGCCUUGGCCGGUGGCAGUACUUCGAUGGAGAGGGUUGGAAUGAAGAUUACAGCAAUUAUAAAAUGAAAACAGCUGCAGACAAUACACCAGGAAAAUCCUACAGAGUCGCUUAUUUCAGACUUGUUAAUAAUUAACAUUGAUUGCUUGGUUCAAUGUUCCACCAGAAUAGCAUACUGGUACUUUUUAUGCCCCCACCAUAAAAUUGGAGGGCAUAUAGGUAGCAGUGUACAGUAGCGUUCGGUGGCCAUGGGUGAUAUUUUUAUACAAUGAAUAACCCCUGUAA